AACCAAGACGACAGAUUUUAAAGUCAUAGCACAGGACGAGAAUAUGGUGGAAGUUUCGUUUACAAGAACAUGGUCACCUUCAGGAGAUGGUGGUCUCCCCUUCAAUAUAGACAUAAGGUAUGUAUUGAGAAGAGGGGAUUCUGGGUUUUAUCCAUAUGUAAUAUUGGAACGGGUAGAGGGAUUUCCAGCUGUGGAAAUUGAUCAAAUUAGGAUUGUUUUCAAGCUCGCCCGUGACAGGUUCCGCUAUAUGGCUAUAUCAAACACAAGGCAGAGGAUGAUGCCAUCUAUGGCAGAUAGAGAAAACGGUCAAACCCUAGAUUAUCCUGAAGCCGUUCUCUUAACCAAGCCAUUACAACGAAAUUUUCUUACAGAGGUGGAUGACAAGUAUCAAUACUCAAUUGAGAAUGAAGACAACAAGAUUAACGGCUGGACAAGCCCAUAUUCUGAGCCACGUGUCGGUUUCUGGAUCUUAACACCCAGCAAUGAGUUCCGCAAUUGUGGGCCUGUCAAGCAAGAUCUCACCUCUCAUGUUGGCCCAAUUGCCCUUUCGAUGUUUGUGAGCAACCACUAUGCUGGAAGGGAGGUAAAUAUGAAAUUUCAGGAAGGGGAACUUUAUAAGAAGGUUUUUGGCCCUGUUUUUAUCUACCUCAACUCUGGUCCAAGUAAUCAAAAUUUGUGGUUAGAUGCCGUACAAAAGCAAUCCAAUGAAGCCAAAAGCUGGCCAUAUAAUUUCCCUCGAUCAAUCGAUUUCAUUCCAGCCAAUAAACGUGGAACAAUAUCAGGAAGGUUGCAAGUCCAAGAUAGGUUCAUGAAAGGACAGAGCCUUCAAAAUGCUAACAGUGCGUACGUUGGUUUAGGUUUACCUGGAGAUCCUGGAUCAUGGCAGAAAGAAAGCAAGGGUUAUCAAUUUUGGACUCGAACCGACAAGAAUGGUAAUUUUGUAAUCAACAAUAUUGUACCCGGUGAUUACAAUUUGUAUGCAUGGGUUCCUGGUUUUAUUGGAGACUACAAAUACAACAAGACAAUAACCAUCACACCAGGAUGCUCCACCAACUUGAAUACACUUGUGUAUAAUCCUCCGAGAAAUGGUCCAACACUUUGGGAGAUUGGAAUUCCUGAUCGCUUAGCUGCUGAAUUUUUUGUGCCAGACGCUAACCCUAAGCUCAUCAACAACUUAUACAGGAAUCACACCAUUGACAAAUUUAGGCAAUAUGGAUUGUGGGAACGUUACGCCGAAUUACAUCCACAUAAUGAUCUUGUAUUCGUUGUUGGUGCUAAUGACUAUCGCAAGGAUUGGUACUUUGCUCAUGUUACAAGGAAAAUAGGAGAGAAGAAAUACAGACCAUGCACAUGGCAAAUUGUAUUUGACCUUCCAAAUGUCACAUCCAGAGGAAUAUACACACUACAACUGGCUUUGGCAUCCUCAACUGAAGCUGAAUUGCAGGUUUGGUUCAAUGACCCUAAAAAUGCAAAUCCUGCACACUUCACAACAGGACAAGUAGGAGAAGACAAUGCCAUAGCAAGGCAUGGCAUCCAUGGAUUGUAUAAGCUCUAUAGCAUAGGUGUAAGUGGGAAGCAUUUGGUGAAAGGAAAGAACAUCAUCUAUUUGAAGCAAUCUAAAGCUUUAACUGCAUUUGAAGGAGUCAUGUAUGAUUAUAUCCGCUUAGAAGGUCCUCCACCUUCAUCCCCUGGAUUUGAUCACUAACUUGUAGUAGUAGUGAAAGGAAGUGCAUAGUAGAUACAAUAUCAGCCACGUAUUUAGAAUAAAAUAUAUAUUAAAUACACAAAACACAAAGA